CUUGCGGAAGGAAAAUGUAUGCACUGUCGAAUGAUUCUAAACUAACAAGUAAACAGUUCUAACAAGGAUUAAAACAUACUAAUGGACACGACAGUUUAAAACAAAAAUGUUGAGGCCGUAGAACUGGACUCGUUACCGCCCCUUGGGAUGAAAUCGUGCGGACCACAAAGAAAUCUGCAAGAAAAACGUGACCGGCACCGCAACCUACCUACCAGCUCUAACAAUAAUGAAGCAAAUGAUGGGAGCAUUUGAGGCUGAUCUCUUUCUCGUUUCCAAUUCAGAUUCGAAGAUUAAACUAGACGGCCAUGAAAGGAAGCUUUUCUAAGUCCUAACCAACUAGGCCUUGACUUUGCAUUGCACUUUCUUUGUCUCUCUCUUUCUAUCCUCUCCAAGGAUCAACGCUCCAAUUAGUAUUUCCUAGGGUUCUCCAAUUUGUCUCUUUGUUUUAAUCCCAAAAACCAACCUGUUUUUGGUGGCAGGCGGUUAACACAAUAGAUCUCUGCAGAAAAGGGCUACCACUAGAAUUGAGAUGGAUGAAACAAAGCAUCAUACCGUAAAAAGAGCAUCAUGAGAUUGCACUAAGUAUAUCUUCAUCCACCCUAUUUUUCUUUGUAAUUGAUGCAUGGACUGUAUUAUAGUUGUAAGCCAUGGAUAACAAGAACGUGAAGAAGAAGAAGACGGGUUCCAAAUUGCAUGAGUGGUUCAAAAUCAGGAAGCAGAAGAGAAAAGACCCUUACCAUCUAAAUGAACUUUCAGAUGGAGAAGAAGAUGAAAGUGAUGAUUAUGUGCAUGAUAUUUACGUUCCAUCCAUACAGAUGGAUCCAUGCACCUCAACCAAAGAGUUAAGAAUUUUUGUGGGUACUUGGAAUGUUGCUGGAAGAUCUCCGGUGGGGAGUCUGGCUGUAGAUUUGGAUAAGUGGCUAAAUCUCAGGGAGGCUGCUGAUAUCUAUGUUCUUGGAUUUCAAGAGAUUGUGCCCCUGAAAACUAGAACUGUCAUAGGAGCAGAAGACCCAACGGAAGCAACAAACUGGAACCUACUUAUAGGAAAAACACUCAACAACAGAUUUGGAAGCCCUUGGUUGACACCUUUGUUGAAUCCAAUCUCAAGUGACAACUACCAUUAUGCUAGCACUCCAGACUGUCAAAGACGAAUGAGUUUUAGCGGUAGUUUUCGGACCCCAAUAAGAGAAAGAUCAAGAAAACAACUUCAGCUGCCUCAGUACACUGGUAGCGAGUACCAGCUAGUGGCAACCAAGAAGAUGGUUGGAGUGUAUAUAAGUGUGUGGAUGAAGACAGAGUUGCUCAGGAAGAGCUGUGUUUCAAAUGUGAAAGUUUGUUCGGUGGCUUGUGGCAUCAUGGGUUACCUGGGAAACAAAGGUUCCGUUUCAGUAAGCAUGAUCAUUGAAGGAACCAGUUUUUGCUUUAUUGCUGCACAUUUGGCUUCUGGUGAAAAGAAAGGCGAUGAAGGGCGGAGGAACCACCAGGUCACAGAGAUUUUUAGGCGAACUUUGUUCCCUCGAUCCUCCAAAGACGACAAUAAAUCUCACCCCCUCACCAUCCUAGGACACGAUCAGAUAUUCUGGUUGGGGGAUCUUAACUAUAGAUUAUACUUGGAAGACACUUUAGCCAGGCAUCUGAUAAAUCAGCAAGGCUGGAAAGCAUUGCAGCAGUUUGAUCAGCUUCGUAAGGAACAAGAGGAUGGUGGGGUAUUCCAAGGAUGGAAAGAAGGAAACAUAGAAUUUGCCCCAACAUAUAAAUAUUCUUCAUCAAAUUGCAAUCACUACUCAGGUGGCUUUCCUAGCAGAUCAGGAGAGAAACAAAGGACACCAGCUUGGUGUGAUAGAAUUCUAUGGUAUGGGAAAGGAGUGAAACAGUUGUCCUACCUACGCAGUGAAAUUAAGUUCUCUGAUCAUCGGCCAGUCUCUGGCUUAUUCUCUGCACAGAUAGAAGUCAUCAAGUCCACCAAUCCAAGAUUUGUUAAUGUGAACACUUUUCUUCCCAACACAAUGACACCCGCUAGGACAAGCAAAAACGACAACAGGGCUAAAUCCACAUUGCAAUCUUUGAUUGUAAGGGAUAUGGAAGCAUCAUCAAACACAGGCAAAUACUGUAAACAAAACAGAUGACAGUGAAUGUAGCUGACCUUUAGCUAGCUAGUUUGCUUAAGGGUGGCUUAUGGAAGUACUAUUAUCUCAUAAUAUUGCUUUUUAGGGGGUUUGGUAACUUAAAUCAAGUGGUUGAUCCUCAGAUAAAAACAAGAGUUGAUAGUCAAUUCACUAGGAUGAUAUAUGCCUCCGUUGCAGUAUAGGAUUUACAAAAGAAUAAAGUCAUAGGGGUUUAAGCAUUGAAAUUCUUUUCAAAUUUGUUGAAGAGCAGCUGAAUUAAUAAUCAACAUGAAAUUCUUGA